CGAUGUGGGAUCGUAUCGAGGAGAAGUUCUUCACGGCGAUGAAGAAGGACGGCUCCUACCGAACCCGGGACCAACUCACUUCCAAAUGGAGCCACAUCAACAAAAAAGUCCGAAAGUUUAUGGGAGUUUACGAGGAAUGCUCCCGGUCUCGGAGGAGCGGCACGAACGACGCCGAUGUUCUCCGGCUUGCCACGACCCGGUAUCAAGACGACGGGAACCAAGGCAAGGUGCCCAUCGAUCUUUGGAGGAUUUUGAGUCGUUCCCCGAAGUGGCAACAACUCAACAAUCCCGACGGCGGACCGUUCCGGACCGACGGCGGAUCAUUCUGGAAAAGAUCCACCGUCGACGCCGAGGUUGAGGUCGACAAGACUAUCGGUUCUACCGAUCAAAUCCCUCCCUUCAACGUUGCGGAUUCCGAUGACGAAGACCCCAUUCCACGGCCGAUCGGAAGAAAGAAGGCAAAAUCCAUUGCCUCUGGUUCGGGAGGGUCCGCCUCUGUUUCCGCUUCUCCCCGCGACGAAAUCGGCCGGGCAAUGAUUGAACAACUUCGGGCGUUCAUCUCCAAGAACAAGAGAGUCCCUGAUUUCAUUAACUCGAAACUCUCUAGCUCGGCGGCUUCUGUUUUGAGCUUCUUUCUCGGCCAUAUGCAGCUUCUUUCUCGGCCAUAUGCAGCGUAGACGAAAGGGAUGUUCUUGCACCAAUCGAGUUGGUUAAGAGCUCUAAUCAUGUU